AUGGGAUACUUAUUCCUCAUAAACGAAACUUGACGGUCUGCGCAUGCGUAGUAGGUGCAACCCAACCCAGCGUCCGUCGGCAACAGGGAAGUCUGGACAAGUCGAAUGAUCAGUAGCUAUAAAAAAAGACCGUACGGCUAACGAAUUUGAAGACGACAACCAGGAGAAAACGAUGGCUGCAUCGAAGGUGGAAGGUGCAUACAAAAUACCAAAGUGAGAAGAUAAAAAAACAAGUUAAAAAUAAUAAACCAUGGCCAACACAUCUGAGCAGUCUCCUUGGAACUGGGAUGAAAAUCAAGUAAGCACCUGGCUAAAAUCCAUUGGUGUAAAGGAGCAGUACAUAGAAAAGCUCCACGAGGAAGAAGUAGAUGGACCAAGCCUUCUUUCAUUAGAUGAGAACUUUUUGAAAACAAAGAUUUGCAUGAAAUCUGGGCCUGCUCAUUUGAUUAUCCAAAAGAGGGACGAGCUCCUUAACACUCUGAAGAAAACACAGGAUAAAAAAAAGCCAGUCAGCAGUAAAGAAACAGAGUUGGAACCAAAAAGCGCUAAGCUGAAAACCGAUCAGAAGGAAGGUGAUCAAAAUGUGUGCGAGGACAAGAAAGCUACUCGGGAGCAAUGCUCUUCUUCUUUAAAGGAAGACUGCAGAGCGCGACCAUUUGACCAAGAUGGCGUUGAUUUUAUAUAUGAAACUCACAGAGUUCUACAACCUGAAUCAGGUGCCUUUGAUCUGAUAUCGCCAUGCCAUGAAUUUAAGUCUUUUGCUGUAGCCGCUAGACUAGAUUGCACAAGACUUCAAGCAAAGUUUGCUAAAGAGGUUCUUAAGUUUGCAACUGGCUGUAUCAAUAUCAGAUCAAAUGGCACGAUACACUUUGGUGUGAUGGACAGCAAAGAGGAGAGAGAAGGAUGUAGAUAUGUGCAUGGUGAGAUAGUUGGCAUCCCUGUAAACGAUAAGGACAUUUAUGUAGAUGCUUUGGAUUACAUUGAAAAAAGCGUCUCCACUGAUGCGGAGGAUGUUCGCAGAUGCGUGCGUCCACCAAGGUUUAUUGAGGUUCUAGAUAGAGAAAGUACAGAAAAGAGGUAUGUGGUAGAGGUCGACAUUGUCCCUUCAAUAAGUAUUGUUAAGAACAAGGUUUAUGACGUUUGUCUGCCAAACUUCAAAGAAUCAGCCAACAAAGUAGAACGUGAGAAAAAAACAAUUUUCCGGAGGGUUGGCUCAAAAACAGAGCCUGUGACUGACAAAGAUCUAAUUGACUUUUACCAGCGAGUGAUAGAUCGGGAUGCUCAGAGAGAAGAAGCUGAGCAGAGACAGUUCCUCAGAAAUCCAGAGAUCUGCCAAGACCUCGGAAGGAAACUCAAAAUGCUGAUAACCAGCGGGAAGAAAUGCAUUGAAAAGGAAAAAUGGUUUAUAUUGGUCACAAACCGAUUCCAACCCGAUGACCUGUCCAGCAUCGACUGGCUGCUUAACAUGAACCUUUUCUGUGUCUUUGACUUUGACCCAGACUCAAAGGUUUCUGGUCUUUGCAGUAAAUAUCUUGAGCACCGCGCUGCAAACAUGCAUUUUUUGGAUAAUUACAAAAUCUCCAGUGACACAAGCAUCAAAGAGUUCACAACUAAUUUGCAUCUGUUCGAUCAAACUAGCUGGAUUUUUUGUAAUGGCCGCUCUGAAUACAAGGGAAAUGAACCUCCAUGUGAUGAAAUGACUUGGAUCAAGACAAAAAUGUCAAUUCUGCGGGAAUGUGUGUCUUUGAUCUGUAAACAAAUUUUGCCACCAGGGACGUUCCAGGUCAUUUUCCUUCUCACGUCACCAGUUGAGAAACCACUUUUGCACACUUUUAAUGCAUUUUUUGCAGACAUGGAAGGUCAUGAAAACAUUAUUAGCUUCUGUGAAUCACAGAAUAACUUCCAGAAGUGGCAGACCUUUGCAGAGGGAACCUGCGAGAAAGAAGCCGUUAGCAAUUUCAGUGUUGUUGGGAUGAAAAUGAGUCAUAUGAACGCCACUCUGCAGCAAAUCCAGCCUGUCAAAGCCUGCGUCAAGAAACACUUGCCGGUCUUUAUGAAAGGAACAUGUUUUCUUGAGAUGCACAAAGAGGAACAGAUGUAUACUCUGGAAAUUGUGACGGCAGAUCAUUGCGAUGAAACAACCAGUGAAUUUAUCGAUGAGAAUAAAGAAAACAUUGAAGGACAGUUUUACCAUGGUGGGAGAGUGGCUUGGCUAAAUUUCUGGCUCGCUGAGAACAAGCAUGUUGGAGAAGUAAUCGAAAGAGACGCUUACCAUGAAGUGUCCAAGCUUCUUAAUGAUGCUCAGAAACACAAUGCAGAACAGACGUCAGUGCACAUCAUAAACAUCUACCAUCAUCCAGGCAGCGGAGGAAGCACCGUAGCAAGACAGGUGCUGUGGAAUAACAGGAAGGAUCUAAGAUGUGCCGUCGUGAAGACCUCAUACAAACCUGCUGCUGUUGCACAACAUGCAGUUGAACUUCGAGAAUAUGAAGAAAAAGAUGCACAGAGUUGUGUUCCUGUGUUGCUGCUUAUUGAAGACUUGGAUGGGGAUUAUCUUGACGAUCUAAAGUAUGAGCUGCAGGAGGCCAUUAACAUGAAAAAAAUCCCAUAUGAAACACUUUGUUUCAUUUUGUUGAGCUGCAGAAGAUCUCAUGAUCCAGAAAAGAAAUGCAAGGAGUCUCCGCUGCGGAAUGUUGCUGUGACUCACAAACUGUCUGACAAAGAGAAGACAAAGUUUGCUGGGAAACAACAGGUGCUCGAGAAACAGUACGAGCCUCAGUUCAUCCUGACAUUCGUUUUAAUGAGUAAGGAGUUCAGUGUGGAUUAUGUUCAGCAGUUUGUGACACAUGUGCUUCAAGGCAUAGACCAUGACUCUGUUGUCACUUGUCUGAUCAAGUAUGUGGCUCUGUUGAAUACUUACGUUCAGAACUCCUUCAUCUCUCGGUCACAUUGUGAAGCUUUUCUGACCUUAUCUAUUCGUGUGGCAAUGUUUCGUGAGCAGGCGUUUCGGAGCGCACUCAGUGACCAGGCUCAAGUCGUCUUCCUACACCUCAGAGACGAGCAGACACACAUAGACUCAAUCCGAAUCAUCCAUCCACUUGUUGCAAAGGAAAUUCUGAAGCAGCUUUUGGGAGACCAACAAACCCAAAGCAGCCUGGCAAAUGAUUUGCUGUGUGAGGAUGCACUUUUUGAGCACAGGUUUGGAAGAUGGGAGUACUUGUCAUUUUUGAGAGCGCUCUUUAUAAGGCGCGCUAAAAAAAGCAAAGGAGAUGAAUAUGAUAGUUUGUUUUCUCCCCUGAUUGAGCAUGUGCGUGACAGAGAAGGUCCAAACAAAGCCAUUGAGUUACUCAAGGAAGCGUUUAAGCGUUUUCAUGAAAAUCAAUUUUUUGCCCAACAACUGGCUCGUCUUCAUUAUACUUAUGAGAAGUUUGAAGAGGCUAAAUACUGGGCGGAGGAGGCCGUCAACCGGCAGCCCAACAACUCAUACCUGCUGGACACAAAAGGGCAAGUGUACAGAAAGUGGUUCCAAGCAAAAUGCAAAGCUAUUGACAAAGUACCAAAGACAGCAGAGAAUACGGCUGAUGCUGUAGGGACGGCAAUAAAAGCCCUGGAGUGUUUUCAAGAAUGUGAGCGAGCAGCUGACACAGAAAUGGAUGCUGUAAACAGUUCAGGGUACUUUUCUGAAGUUGAGGUUGGAUUUAGUCUGCUCAAAUUGAUCUCGUCCUUGCAGAUGUUUGCAAAUGGAGGUAUUGGCCAUGCAGAAUGUAUGAAAUAUCUGGUAACGGAUUACAUUCCUGCAGAAGUUAAAGACGCCUGGGAACCAUAUCAUGGUCGUUUAAAGGAACUUCACAAGGCAAUGCAAGAUGCCUUAGAAUGGAUUUCUGAAGACCUCAGUCUCUUCCAGACAGAUAUUGUAGAUCAAGAUGAAACACAUGCAAGUACUGAGGAGAUGAUGGGCCAUCCACUAAAAUGGUUGGCAAAAAAAUAUUCAGACUAUGGAAAAUACUUCAGUGAAGCUGAAAGUUCUGCACUUCAGCGCGGGCAAUUAUCCCUGGCCAAUCUAACACCUUUUCAAAAACGCAUGAUCAUCUGUCACUAUGGUGGAGGUAACAUAACAGCCAUCCUCUCCAAGUUGAUGGAACAGAAGAAUGCAGUAGAUGUUUUAGAGAAGAUCCUCAGUUUCUACCCAGCCAAUCCAAUAAAAGCCAAAUUUCCUCAAAAGGACAUUGUUAAUUACAUAAUGACCAACAUUGCUCUGAACAACCUGUCGCCACAGUCUAAAAAAUUAGCUCGACUGAAAGAUGUCCAGGCAUUAUGUCUUCAGUUCCCAGCCGACAAAAGGAGGUGUUUACCCAGUGCCCUGUUCUUGCUUACGGUGCUAUUUUGGCCAGAGGAUCAUGACACUGAUCUGGAAAAAGAAACCAAGUAUCAGACAGUGCAGUCGGCUGUUGAACACCUGGAAAGAGGCUAUCGGACAAAGCUGAAGGACAUACCUCAGAGAAAAAGAAGGCUUUACACCCACUUCUUUCUGGGCAGAGGGAACGGGUUGGAUAAAUUUGUGCACAAGAAAAAGUUUGAAAAUGUAACAAAGGGAAUCUCUGUUUCUGAGAAGCGCUUGAAGUGGUUUAGUGGCGAAGCAUGGAAAAUGCCUGAGAUCGAUGCAAUGCUGAAAUCUGUUUCUGGAUGGACUGAAGACAGGGUAGUUUACCUUGAGGGACCAAGGAAAAAGAGGUUCAGCAUCCUGCCUCUCAAUGUGUCAUCGGUGCCUGAUAAUGAAAACAUCACGUUCUACCUAGGUUUUACAUUCAGAGGUCCUGUUGCCUGUAACAUAACUAUCACAAAAUAGUGAUCAAUGCUUGAUUGAGUCACGUCUGACUGUGUAAAAACUUAAUGCACUUUGGGCUUUUUUAUCAUUACUUCUUUUUAAUUAAGUACUACUGCUUUGAUACAUUGAUUAGAUUGCUGUAUAUAGAAACUUAUGGCAUGCCAUAAUGUUAAUAGAAAGAGUAUGAGGUGAGCGAGUGACAAAGAUCAAACAUGAACUGCACAGAGUGGGAAUUGGCGUGCAAUGAAUUCUUCAAGAAACCUUUAGGAAAACUAAACCCUAUAAAACAUAAACUGACUGUGAUGACUGUUCUAAUUGAGUGAUCUUCAUGUGAAUAUUCAAAACAUCAUGAAAACAAGCAAAACAAUGUGUUGGGAUAACUGCUGAAAUGGGGACAGUUACAGUUACAUUUCACUGUUCUACAUCAAAUUAUGAGGUUUUGGGAGUAACAAGUAAGGAUUGACUCUAAACAUGGCUGAUUAACAUGACUAAGUUGAAUGAAAGAAGUUUGUUUCCACAAUUUUGGCCACUCCAGUUUCAAUCGCUUUCCCAGUAUUUCUAGUUUUUAGGAUCAAAUUCUUUCUGCAACGUUUGUAAUGCUGGUUUCAUUGGAACUGAUUAUUAGUAUUUAUAAAGCAUAGAAAUUUGAUACAUAUUAUUAUUAUUGUUAUCGUGACUAAACCAUGGGACCUUACAAUCAUUGUUUACUUUUUCCCAGACCAUAAAUGUUUGUUUUUUUGUAUUCAAAUGUAUGUUUUAAAAAGGCACGAAAGCCAUAUUUUUUGUACAGUGCACUUUACUUUUGUUGCAUAUUUAUUGUUGUAUAUUCACUAUUGCAAUUCUUUGGAUUAUUGUACUAUGUUCUUGUUUUAGGCUUUAUGUCCUAGUGUUCUUUCCGUAGUUUGAUGUUAGCUUUCAUGUUGCUAGUCUGGAUGCGUUUGUCUUUGUAAACAUUGCUUUAUGUCUUCCUCCAUAGUGGACAAAUAAGUGUGUUAGACAACGCAUUUAACUAAAUUUGUACCUGCUCCGCUGCCUUUAACCAGAAGGUAUUUGUCGAUAUUGCUGUAACUGAACUAACAAUAAAAGUUCGUCACAGA